AGAGAGAGAGAGAGAGAGAGAGAGAGAGAGGAUCUCUAUCAGUAUUGCUCUUUAAAUCACACACCUUCUCUCAUCAUCACUCGUCUCCUGCUCUCUCUCAUUCCAUUGAAAUGAUCCGGGACUCUUCUCCUUCUCUCCUUCGUCUGGUCGUCUGUGUAACGUCCUCCGUCUUCUCACUGUAAGAUGGGAAACGCCUCUGAAACCUCCUUCAUUUCCAAGAUAUCUAAAGAGCAUGAUGUUCUUUUGGGGAUAAUCUACACCAUUAUUGGUGUGUUUUCUCUAAUAGGAAACACUGUACUGCUGUUGGUGGCGUUUCAGAAGAAGUCGUCUCUGAAACCGGCCGAAUUCUUCAUCGUCAAUCUGUCAGUCAGUGACCUGGGCAUGACCAUCUCUCUCUUCCCCUUCGCCAUUUCCUCCGCUUUCUUUCACAGAUGGCUCUUCACUGAAUCAGUGUGUGUGUGUUAUGCGUUCUUCGGCGUGCUCUUCGGCCUGUGCAGUCUCAGUAAUCUGACCGUCUUGUCCUCCGUCUGCUGGAUUAAAGUCUGCUGCCCGAACUAUGGUAACAAGUUCUCCUCAUGCCAUGCUGUGCUCUUGGUGUUCGGGGUGUGGUGCUACUCCAGCAUCUUCGCUGUAGGUCCUCUAUCAGGCUGGGGUCAGUACAACUAUGAGCCGUAUGGCACCGCCUGCUGCAUCGACUGGUUUGCUCCUCACAACAGCCCUCUCGCCAUGUCCUACCUCAUCUGCCUCUUCUUCUUCUGCUACAUUGUGCCUUGUACCAUCAUCUUCCUCUCCUACGCGUCAAUCCUGGUGACGGUGCGUGGGUCUCAGCAGGCCGUCCAGCAGCACGUGUCUCCAAAGAACAAGAUCACCAAAGCUCAAAGCCAUAUCGUCAAGCUCUCCGUGGCGGUAUGCGUGGGCUUCCUGCUAGCCUGGAGUCCGUACGCCGCCGUGUCCAUGUGGGCCGCCUUCGUGAAUCCAGAUGCAGUUCCUCCAAUAGCAUUCGCUGCAGCAGCAGUUUUUGCCAAAUCUUCCACCCUCUACAACCCUCUGGUCUACCUGGGCUUUAAGCCCAACUUCCGUAGGUCCCUCCAAAGAAGGAUGGUGUCCUCAAGCCUUCAUCAGACGGAGACGAUGCGGAAACACGCAGACAAGGAGACCUGCCAUUCUGCUCACAACUCCAGCGAACCUCACAAAAACCACCAGACUUGCAAGUACUUCCUAGAGCACACUCCUGCUCACUGUUUGGAGAUCAUGCCUCAGAGCACCAUCCGGAUCCUGACCGGCUGCAUGAACAGCGAGGUAGCAGUCAGUCAGAUGUCUAAUGAGAUACAGAGCGACUUCAUUUAGAUCCGUCCAAAGGACUUCCUUUGUGUUGAUGCACUAAGAGGAAGCAAAAAGCCUUAAAUUUACUGACAAAUAAGCGUUAAGAUUAUCCUUAGACGAACAUUGAAGGAACCUUAGAGAAGCCUUGGAGGAGCCUUGUAAGGAUUUUAGAGGAAACUUGGACUAAGCCAAGAGGAACCCUGCAGAAGAUUUGGAAAUACCUUGAAAACUUGAAGGAACCUUUUGAAAAACCUUUUAGGAAUUUUGGAAGAACCUAGAAGGAACCCUAAAGGAACUUUGGAGGAACAUUGGAGGACACUUGUUGUUCUGUAAUUAUAGUAAAGCUCUAUAGAAAGCUUCAGACUGGCUGUUAACUUCAAACAGUACUAAUGAUUUUAUAUAAAAAGCUGCUGUAUAAAUACACAUUUCCUAAAUCACGGCCAGAACCAGAGACCCAUAAUAAACAUGAUGGCAGAGGAUUUCUUCUGAAGUCAUCUUCAUGUUCUGUUCUGUUCUGUUCUGUUCAUGCUCAUGUUCUUGUUCUUGUUCUUGUUCUGUUCAUGUUUUAUUCACGUUCUG